AUGCAAGUCUCCAUAGCGUGCACGGAGCAUAACCUCAAGAACCGGAAUGGGGAAGACAGACUGAUCAGCAAACAGACCACCACCGCUCCAAAUGCGGUCAAUGCAGCCAGAGCGAAAUUCCGGACAGUGGCCAUUAUCGCUCGCAGUUUGGGAACCUUCACCCCUCAGCAUCACAUAUCUUUAAAAGAAUCCACUGCAAAGCAGACGGGCAUGAAAUACAGAAACCUUGGGAAAUCUGGAUUAAGAGUUUCUUGUUUGGGACUGGGGACCUGGGUCACCUUUGGAGGUCAAAUUUCAGACGAGGUUGCUGAACAGCUAAUGACCAUUGCAUAUGAAAGUGGUGUGAAUCUCUUCGACACCGCAGAGGUAUAUGCAGCUGGAAA